AUGUGCAACACAUGUGCUGAGGAGGUGGGAAGGCUGUUCCAGAACUACUGGCGAGCAAUCCAUCAUGCCUGUGCCAUUUGUGCUGAGCCUCAGGAGACAUGGAAAUUUACGUUGUGGACAUAUUGCUCGAUUGUGAUGUCCUAUCGUGUAGCAAUGGCGACAUUAUUUGGUCUACGUGUUGGAGCAGUCUCUGAAAGUGCAACGAAGCCCAGCACAACAAAAACAGCAAAGCCGACUACGAAGACAAUUUCAUCUACCAGCAACAAUGUUACGUCUGCUACCAAACCAGUUACAACGAAGCCCAGCACAACGAAAACAGCAAAGCCGACUACGAAGACAAUUGCAUCUACCAGCAACAAUGUUACGUCUGCUACCAAACCAGUUACAACGAAGCCCAGCACAACGAAAACAGCAAAGCCGACUACGAAGACAAUUGCAUCUACCAGCAACAAUGUUACGUCUGCUACCAAACCAGAGACAGAAAGGAACUUUGAUGAGCAAACAAUUUUAGACUGUAGCAAUCUAAAAUCAACCGAUACAACUAUAUCUUGGUUUAAGAAGCAGAAGAAUCUGAGUAGCAACGGACAGUCUGCACAAGCAAAUUCAACAAACGGUUUUCGCUUGCCAUUGUCUGGAAAAGGCGGCGGAAACCAGUACGCCUGUAUAGUUAUCAACGACAUAUUCAGCAUUAACAGAACAGUCAAUUUUCACGUAAUGCCAGUUGUCGCGGUGCCGAACAAGAGAUCGAACACCACACUUAUGGUGACAUGUACGGCGCCAGGAUAUUCCGUUGUAAACAUCACUCUGAUUUUUCCAAACAAAACUUCACUUUCCAUAUCAACAAACAAGACUAACAGCUUCGAAUUUACGGCAUCACUUUUGAUCGAUCAAAAUGUUAAUAUGUCCGGUAAAUAUCAUUGCAAGGUUUUCAGCGAGACCGGAGUAACAGCCGACGAAACAAUGAUGGAUGUUCCUCCUAUCACUGUUGAAACAGAUUGGAUAAAGAAAGAUGGAAAUGUAAUGUUAAGAUGUUUUAUAGUUGGACAUGCAGUUGAAGUCAAAUGGGAAGAUGAAGUCAAGAAUAUUACUAGAAAAGAAUGGCAUAAUGCAACAAAUACAGAUGGGCGUUUUGUUUCUACGAUUAAUGCAGAAGAAGUUGGAGCUUAUAGAUGCGUAGCUAGAAGUCAACAGCACGAUAUCGUUAAGUCUCGAACUUUGACAGUGAACGGACCUCUCGUUGCAAUAGAGCAACAUAAUUUUACAACAGUCGAUUUGGUUUGCAAAGCAAUUGGAUGGCCGGUUCCACAAGGCAAAAAUUAUCCACAAGACUUGAAAGAUAGUUUCAUAUUCGGGAAAGCGGUUAGCAACAGCUCAAGCAGCGAGAUUACUCUUAAUAUUUCUGCUUCAUACAAAAAGAGUUCAUACGAAUGUACAGAAAACAAUCUCUCGCAACCGAGUAAAGACGACAGAACAGUCAGAGAAUCUGCUCACAUCAUUCAACUUAUUAGAACACGUAUCGUUACUUACGGAAACUUUACAGAAUUGUCGUGUAAAGCAAUCGGAUUACUCAAUAUAUCUGUUCUUGAAGAAUUUGAUUACAAGUUUCGCAAUAACACAAAAACAAAUAACAAAUUCGUCAUUACAAUUGCUGCUGGAAUCAACAAUAAACUUUACACUUGCGCAAUGAGUACAAGUGGCAGACAAAAGAAAGAUACCAAUUCUAUAAAGAUAAUGACUGGUGAGAACUUGAAAUCAUUUUCUAUCUAUUGUUUAAAAAGGGCAAACUGCUAAUAUUGGGAGCCAUAA